AGAGGGAGAUGGAGAUGGAGAGGAUGCAGCAGGAGGAGGAGUUGGAGCGAUCCGAGGAGGAAGAGAGAGUUGCGAGAGAACUCGUCACAAUGGCACGAGAGUCGGAGAAGCAUUCACAGGAUCUGUAUGGAGGAGGGGAUUACGGGGAUGCUGAUCUACCAGAUGAAAUAGAAUGCCAGCUAAUACAGAAAACUUUACUUAUCAACGGAGCGGUUCAAACGAUUGAUUUUAUAAUGUGUAACCAGUGUCCCAGACUAUUCAGAACUGAAAACCUUCUCUGGAACCAUAUCAAGGGUAAACAUAAUAGACGUGGAGUCCGUAAAGCAGUUCCUCCUCCCCCCAGAUCUAUUCAUUCUCCAUCUAAACCCAAGCCUCUCCUUCCAGCCAUUGAACCCGGAGAAAUUAUAACUGAUACUGUACAGUGGACCAACCAGCUUGGAGAGUAAUCGAAUCCAGCCCGGAGUACGGUUGGGGCGGAGUCAGGAACCUCUGUUUAUUGUCGGGGUGGAGAAAGGGUUAGAGGCGGAGGAGGUGGAGGAGGCGAAGCACGAUCCGGCACCGCCCACACAGGAGACUCCGACAGAUACGACGACAUUUAUACCUGGUGUUCGGAAGUAUACCUGUUGGAAUGGAACCUGCACCGGUGAGGUGUUUACAAACAAGAAAACUAUAGAAAAUCAUAUUAAGAAAUUCCACGAAUCUACAAUUGUGGACUGUGAUCUGUGUGGAAAGCAGGUCAUUGAUAUAAGAAGACACCGAGAGGUCUCACACAAAAAGUUCCGUGUAUUUGACUGCUCACAUUGUUCGGAUAAAUUUUGCUCACAAGAAGAUCUGAACAGACAUCUCAGAAAUGUUGAGCGUAGAAAUAUAGUUAGCAAAGGAGUAGUGCAGACUGAUUCUAUUAAAGAGGUAUAUGAUGAGGAUGAGGAUGAAGAGAAGGAUGUUAGAACAGAGGAUCUGGAGGUUGCCAAGUUUGUCAAGGAACUAGAGAAUCAAGCGUUUAGUUGCUCAGAUUGUGGUGUCAAAACUCCCAGUAGGAUGACCUAUAUACAGCAUGUACUGAAUGGUUGUAUAAUGGAUCAACCGGAAAAGAAGAUGAAGAAGGAUAGAAGAGGGAGGGGUGUGUCUAGACCUCCUAUGAGCACAAUUGUAACAAAACAUGUGAUAAUUCAACAUGAUGGACGAAGAGAACACAUUAUAGUAGAACAGGAUCGAGAGUUGAGUGAUGUUGUACGUGAACAGCUUGGGCAUCAAGACCAAGAAGAGUACAACGCAAUUAGAGCACAUAAAAAACAAGCUAAACGAAGAUCUGAAACCGGUAAAAAAUCGGAGGCUGACCGGAGGAUAGUGAAUACUUCAGAGGCUAUUCCGAGGACGGAGGAGAAGAGAAGUUUAAUGGAGGAUAUCAACAGUAUGGUGGAUGGUUCUGAACCUGAUAAGGAGAACCAAGCAGUCCAGUUUCCAGGGGUUCAGGUCCAAGGGGCUCAAAUACAGGGGGAUGUCCAAAUAGAAGAGACCCAAUUUCAGGAAGAGCCGACUGACCCUCACGGAGAAUCUUUAAGUAAGAACCUUGUUUCUCAAUUCAAUGAAUCAAAUCCUAACGAGGUUCAGAUUCCUCAUUUUCAACAGAUAACACAACAAACCCAAGAUGGUGUUCAUGAACAAGGACAUUUAGUUCACGAACAUGGUCAAAUAGUUGAAGAACAGGAACAAAUAGCUCAGAACCAAGAACACUUGGUUGUUCAAGAUCAAAUACAGGGAUAUCAGAUUGUUCAGCAGGAAGAAAUCACAGAUCAAGUUGUUCAUGUGACCCAAGAACAGGAACCUGAACGUCUUCAUGAAGAACUUCCUGUUGGCAAUGUGGUUGAACAACCUGUACUCCAGGUUGUAGAGGGAGAAGGUGGGGAGCAUGUAAUCCAUGUUACUGAGGAACAGUUAGCUCAGCUUCAAGCACAUGCACAGUUUGUAAAUUCAAGCUGAAAGAUGUGUAGGAGAUUAUAAAU